CAAAAAUUACCAAAGACCUUUAUAUGCGUGGUUGUUAUUGAAAAGACAUAUCAAAAUAUUUAUUUCAGUUGCGAAACAAUAAAUCCAUCUCAAAGCGCCGUUACCCGUUCAAAUUCAAUUUAAAUGUACCGAUAUAGUAUGUAAUCCACAUUAGUGCAAAAUCAAACUGCUGUCGAAUAAGUUUAGGCGCGGAAUUAAGAUUUUUUUUCAUUGUAUUAGAAAUUGUUAUUUGUGAAAUGUAUAAGAUUAAGUACAUACGUACGAAUAGGUAAAAAACCUGAAGGAAAUAUUUUUGAGAAAUAUAAUACGAAAACCAGUCAACGAUUGACGAGCGCUUCGGAAAAACAGGUUUUCACGUUCGACAAAGCCGCAAAACAAUUACGAAAUAAGUCAAGAUGGUCAUUUUGAAGUUUUACAAGAAUCCUGGAUUAAAGACCAGCCAGCUGAGAAGCAAAUUGGAGAGUAUUGUCAAGAUAACGGAUAAGGUCAAAGAUAUCCAGGUUGAGCUAUGCUACUACAUCGAGUCAAAGGAUGCCCUCAGUCAAGAAGAAAUUGAUGUGCUUAAAUGGAUUCUCACCUCGCCUUUUUAUCCCAAUCAGUUGGCAGAUUCCAGCGAAUUUGAUAGUGACAAACUUGUAGUCGAAAUUGGACCUAGAUUAAACUUUUCCACUGCUUUCUCGAGUAAUGCCGUGUCCAUUUGUAAGGCUGUCCAAGUAAAUGGUGUGAGGAGAAUCGAAGUAUCCACAAGAUACUUGAUUCACACCACUGCCAGUUUAGACAAGGUCACUGAAAACAAAAUCGUCGAUGUUCUCCAUGAUAGGAUGACAGAGUGCAGAUACGUCAAGCCAAUUGAGACUUUUGACCAUGGUUUUAGACCAGAAGAGUGGUUUGAAGUAAAUGUGCUGAAGCACGGAAGAAAAGCUUUGGAAGACGUCAAUGCAAAACUAGGUUUAGCAUUUGACGAUUGGGAUCUGGAUUUUUACACAAACAUGUUCCAGGACAAACUCAAAAGAAACCCAACAAGCGUAGAGUGCUUUGAUUUAGCACAGUCGAACAGCGAGCACAGUAGACACUGGUUUUUCAAAGGAAAAAUGGUCAUUGAUGGAAAAGAAAAAGACAAAUCUCUCAUAGACAUGAUUAUAGACUCUCAGAACAAUUCGAAUAAUAAUAAUGUAAUUAAAUUCAGUGACAAUAGCAGUGCCAUCAAAGGCUUCGAUGUCAAAACAUUGCGCCCAAAUCAGACAAAUGCACCAAGUUCUUUCCACAUUGACGACAGUAAACAGCACUUAAUUUUCACAGCCGAGACUCACAAUUUUCCAACGGGUGUUGCGCCAUUCAGCGGAGCAACAACUGGAACCGGCGGGCGUUUGCGCGACGUUCAAGGUGUCGGCAGAGGCGGUUACUACAUCGCUGGCACGGCUGGCUACUCUGUCGGAAAUUUACAUAUUCCAGGGUACAAGUUGCCAUGGGAAGAAGCACAAGGCGAAAAAAAUUCCAUCUAUCCCAGUAACAUGGCCCAGCCACUUGAAAUCUUGAUCGAGGCGAGUAAUGGAGCAUCUGAUUAUGGUAAUAAAUUUGGCGAGCCAGUGAUCUUAGGAUUUGCUCGUUCGUGCGGUAUGGUAGAUCACGCGGGUCAGCGACGAGAGUGGAUCAAACCGAUCAUGUUCAGUGGCGGUAUUGGCUCAAUGGAAGCCGAUAUGACGGAAAAACUGCCACCAAAGCCAGGUAUGCAAGUCGUCAAAAUCGGUGGUCCAGUUUACAGGAUCGGAGUUGGUGGCGGAGCAGCAAGCUCAGUUGAAGUUCAAGGCGACAACGAGUCGGAAUUGGAUUUCGGAGCGGUGCAAAGAGGAGACGCCGAAAUGGAGCAGAAAUUGAAUCGCGUCGUUCGCGCUUGCAUGGAAAUGGGAGAAAAGAAUCCGAUUCUAAGCAUUCACGAUCAGGGCGCCGGGGGUAACGGCAACGUACUCAAAGAGCUCGUGGAGCCGAGCGGGGCCGUCAUAUUCUCCAAGAAAUUCGAUCUCGGCGAUCCGAGUAUCAGUACCUUGGAACUGUGGGGAGCGGAGUACCAAGAGAACGACGCGAUCUUGUGUAAGAAAGAGGACGUGCCUCUGCUGGAAAAAAUAGCGGCGCGCGAGAGGUGCCCGAUCAAUUUCGUCGGAACCGUCACCGGAAAUGGAAAGAUCAUCCUUUCGGAAGAAGACGACUGCGAUGCCACUAAAUACAUGGAUGAGAAUUACGCGUCCGAGCAACGCCACCCCGUGAAUCUCGAGCUCGAACUGGUCCUUGGAAAAAUGCCGCAAAAGAGAUUCAAUUUGGAUAGAACAAAAGUACAUUUGCGACGCAUCGAGUUGAGCAACAAGCCGACGAUCGAGGCAGCUUUGGACCGAGUCUUGAGACUGCCAUCGGUAGCAAGUAAGCGAUACCUGACCAACAAAGUUGACCGCUGCGUCACUGGCCUGGUAGCUCAGCAGCAGUGCGUCGGUCCGCUCCACACGCCGCUAGCCGACGUAGCUGUUGUUGCGCUCUCUCACUUUUCGACGGUUGGCAUUGCAAGCUCCAUCGGAGAGCAGCCGAUCAAGGGCUUGGUGAACGCAGCUGCCGGUGCAAGAAUGACCGUAGCCGAAGCACUCUCGAAUCUCGUAUUUGCUAAAAUCUCCGAGCUCGAGGAUGUAAAGUGCAGUGGCAAUUGGAUGUGGGCUGCCAAGCUUCCAGGUGAAGGAGCCGCUCUGUACGAUGCCUGUACAGCUAUGUGCAAUGUCAUGAAAGAGCUUGGCAUCGCCGUCGAUGGUGGCAAAGAUUCCCUGAGUAUGGCAGCACGCGUGGGCAAGGGCGAGGUCGUCAAGGCUCCUGGAACACUCGUUGUCUCCUGUUACGCACCUUGUCCUGACAUUCGCCAGGUAAUUACUCCGGAUUUGAAAGCACCUUCAAUUGGCGAAGAAGGCUUUCUUAUUUUCGUCGAUCUGUCUGACGGUAAGAGCCGUCUCGGUGGCACAGCUUUCGCUCAAGUUUACAAUCAGCUGGGCGAUAUGGUUCCUGACGUAGAGAGCGCGACGACGAUAAAAUAUGCUUUCAAGGCCACGCAAAGUUUGAUCGAAGAGGGUAAAGUGCUGGCGGGUCACGAUGUUAGCGACGGUGGCCUGAUCACUUGCGUUCUGGAAAUGGGUUUCGCUGGAAUUUCGGGAAUCAAUGUAGCCAUUAAUCACAGAGAAGGUAGCCCGCACGAAAUCUUAUUUGCCGAGGAAAUUGGCUGGGUUCUCGAAGUUCGCGAAGACGACGUCAAACACGUACUGGACGUUUUUAAGCAAUUCAACGCUCCCGUUGCUCACAUCAUUGGAAAAUCCGUUGGACUCGGACUUCAUUCAAAGGCACAUGUAAGCGUCAACAGAGUGUCUGUGCUAGAGUCUUCUAUUUCCGAGCUGAUGAACAUGUGGGAGGAGACGAGUUACCAUUUAGAACUGCGUCAAACUAAUGCCGACUGCGCAGCUCAGGAGUACAAGAACUUUGUAGACAGAUCGAGCCCGGCUUACAAAUUGUCCUUUGACCCAGAUGUUCCACUAACGUCAAAGUUUAAACCCGAGAUACCAGUUGCUGUCCUUCGCGAAGAAGGUACGAAUGGAGAUCGAGAAAUGGCAGCGUCGUUGGUAAAUGCUGGCUUCCAAGUAUGGGAUGUUACCAUGCAAGAUCUUUUAAAUAACGAAAUAUCGCUGGAUAAAUUUAGAGGAAUUGUAUUUCCUGGUGGUUUUAGCUAUGCUGAUGUAUUGGGUUCGGCUAAAGGCUGGGCCGCCAGCUUGUUAUUCCAUCCGUCCCUGCAGAAGCAGCUGCAAGAAUUUAUAGCCCGCCCUAAUACUUUUAGUUUAGGAGUCUGUAAUGGUUGUCAACUUAUGAGCUUAUUAGGAUGGAUCGGCGAUACUACGAACGGAAAACCAAAUGUCGUUUUGGAUCAUAACGAUUCUGAACGUUUUGAAUGCCGUUGGAGCACGGUUAGAAUUGAAAAAUCGCCAGCUAUUAUGCUAAAAGGAAUGGAAGGCACUGUUUUUGGUAUUUGGGUGGCACAUGGAGAAGGAAAGUUUACAUUCCGCAACGCAAAAGUUCUUGAUGAAUUAAAAAAGCAGAACUGCUUGGCGAUCAGAUACACUGAUGAUCACGGCAAUCCAACUGAAAAGUAUCCAAUGAAUCCAAAUGGCAGUGUUGAGGGAAUUGCCGGUGUUUGUUCACCUGAUGGUCGUCAUUUGGCUAUGAUGCCACAUCCAGAAAGAUGCACUCAAUCAUGGCAAUUACCAUGGGUACCUACUGACUGGAAAUACAAUUCUUCGCCAUGGCAGAGACUUUUUGAAAAUGCCUAUGCUUGGUGUUCAUCGUUUGUUUGAGACAAAUGUUUGUUUGUUAAAUCAUGAAUGGCAAUAAGAAUACAAAUGAUGUUAUGAAUUUCGAGUGAUUUUUUUUACAAAAAAAUGACUAUUUUAUAGGUUUAUAUUUUUAUAUACUUAACAAAAAGAUUAUCGAGAGUUUUCACUCAUAUAAGUGUAUUUUUGUUAUUUUUUAUGUAAUGGCAAUAAUGUACAAUAUUUUUAUUUACCGUCGAAAGUUAAU